UGGAUUUCGAAUACUCAAUUUAAAUUGAGUAGAGUCUGUCGAUAAGGCAUAUUUUGAAGCUCUGAAUAAAUAAUAAACAAAAUGCUCGAGUCAGCACAUUCUACAUUGUAUAAAAGGAAAUACGAUCGCUGAAUGCGCUGAAUCGGCUGAAUAUGCAUACGAUUCCAAUCACAAUUAAAACUCAUUCAGUUGAGAUCUGUGCCCCAACAGAGCGACGACAGCGACGGCAAAGUGAAAUGUGUUGCAACACAAUUUGAUAUGCUGCUCUCACAACUGUUAUCGAAUUCGAUAAGUCAAAUCGAAAUGGAAGGAGAGGAAGUUGAUUUUAAUGAAUACGGCAUAAGGUGUUUCCUUUGCCAACAGCUUUACACGGACAUCGAUGAGCUGCAGCAACAUUUGCAGGAACACUCCAUUGAAAGUACUGAAAAUACAACUCCUACAUAUUACAAUUGUGAUGUUUGUGGCAGAAGUUUACGUUCGGAAGAAGAGCUGAACAAGCACAUGGCACGAUUUCAUGCGACCCAUCUGAUUAAAAAAGAUAUCGAAUCCGGCAAUCGAUUUAAAUGCGAUAAGUGCAAUGAUAUCUACAUAAGUUUUAAUUACUUAGAGAAACACAUACAAUCGGCACACAAUGCUAGAGAUGAGAGAACGAAUUCACCCUUACGAAAGGAUCACAAACUAGUCACGCGUAUAAUACCAGCGAAGCAAAAAUACGCACCACGUUCUCCCUUCUUCAAUCCAAAUCUGCGACGAGAUUGCGAUGCGUAUAUAUAAAGAUUUACUAAGAAAUAAUAAACAAUUUCUAAAUUAACUAAUUGCGAUGAUCUUACUAAAAUCAUUGAUGCAAUUUCUAGAAUUCAUGAUCAUCAAAUAAUACUCACAUUGCAGUGAAUCAGAAUCUGACACCAUAAAUAUAUUUUUUAUAAAAUAUAGUAUACAUAGAGCGUUAUUUGGAAUUGGCUGUGGAAUUAAAUGGAAUCAAAAAAUGAUUUUGCAAUAAUUUAAUCAAACUUGUAUCGGCAAUAGGCGGAUUAAAUUACAAGAGUUUCAAAUAUGAAAUUAUUUUUCACUUAUCAAAUUUGGAAUUGAAAGAAAUGUUAUAUUUUUUUAAUAAAAAACCUCAC